CACGCCCCUACCCAUCACCUAUGCACGCAUACGUUCUACACUCUUCUAGCUGCCCCCAACUAGAACCUCUUACAUCGCAAUCGCUGUCUCCUCUCGACUCUCCCCAUCGCUCCGGACACGGGAUCGGUGUUAGUAGGACGCUGGUUCACCCGAGAGUCGGGAAGAGCGAGCUUCGGAAGCGAAUUACGCAUGGCAACGAUGGCGACCUCCGCCAGGGCCCCGGUAACCGUGGAGCACGCCACUCCGUCCGACAUCUCCGACCUGAUCACGGUGUGGUGGGACGCGUUCAGCGACGACUUCAUCCAGCGCGUCUAUCCGCAGACACCAGACGGCCGGGCCUGGCUCGAGCGCGCCUUUGCGCGGAACAUGGCGCCCGAGGAUCCUGAGCCAGGCGAGCUCGUGACGAAGUGCCUCAUCGUGCGGGAUCCGGCGGACGGCCUCCCCGCCGCGAUAGCCGUCUACCACGUGGUCCCGGAAGGUAGCGACGCGGCGCAGCGGUCGUGGCGUGCGCGGUGGCCGACCUUUGAGGACCUGCCAGACGUCAAGGGGCGCGAGGACGUGCUCGACAGCUUCUUCGGCCCCAUGGAGAAGACGCAGACCUACCUGCUCGAGGGGCGCGGUCACGUCUUCCUCGAGGCCCUCGGCACGCGUGAGGCGCACCGCAAGAAGGGCUACGGCGGCGCGCUGGUGCGCUGGGGCGCCGACCUCGCCGACCGCCUGGGCGUCGAGUGCGGCCGCGGAAGCAGGACAGCUAACUGAGACGGUUGGCUGGCCCUGUCCGAGUGUGCGAAUGAAAGAGAGCGGAGCUUAGGAGAGGGAAAAGGGGGGCCAACUUAGCGUUCGCGACCCCAAGUAUCGAGUCUGGAGACGAAGACGGAUAUUAUCGCGCCCGCGCGAAAAGGGCAUGGGACUGGAGUUGGGUAGAAAGAUGAAAGGAUCCUAAACUCACCGUAAGAGCCCCAAAGCUAGUGUCUAAGGGCAGUUUCCUCGACAAGAGCAUACAGCACUAGUGGCUUAACGUAUCAGCUAGAAUAACCGAAGAGGCUGCAUUGAGUAUAUACUGAGUCUGGACAAGGUUACCAAUACUCUAUAGGC